GCUGCGUGGUGUAAGUCGCACGAUACGUAGUGUGACUAGUGUGGUCCAUGCUGAGUAGCAGUUUACAUCAACAGUCCCUGCACCUCCUCUCCACGGUACUCUAACAGUGCCCUGGGCUGCACAGAAAACAUGUUGCCCCAUCUUUCCUCGCUCCUCGUAGUGCUACAGGCACUGGCAGCAGCAACCACGUCACCGUCGGGGAAGUGCAAUACGGGGAGCGAUCAGGAGGUGGCCGUGGAGGGGUGGCCUGUCCUAGUUGCCUUGCGUAUCCCCAACCUGGCCCAAACCGAAAUGACGCUCAGCCUGAGUCACAACCAGGAGCUGCACACCAACCUCACGCUCGUCCAGUCCAUCCUCAAAGAAGAUGGGAUCCUGCAGGUGAGGCUGAAGAGCGUGAUGAUGGGGUCUCUGCUGCACAUGGCGACGCAUCUGCCUGACAGCUCAUGGGUUACUCUCAGGAUCCUUGCUCACAACAAGAAGCUGGAAAUGAAGAUAGAGAGUGAAACUCCCUCUGUCAAGUAUUCCACCAGCGCUAUGGCGAGCACCACUCAUCACCAGAAUGUCAACAAAGUGUCCUGCCACGGCGAAGGAUGUGCCUCUUACAUUGACCUCAAGUGUCGCUAUAGUGACAGCAAGAGUAACCAUACCGAACCCCACAAGCCAGAAUCCAUCACCACCACCUCAGACAAGAAAGUGUACUACUGGGUGUUCUAUGUGGUGGUGUCGCUCCUGGUGUUGGCGUGCCUUCUUUUCCUCACCUGGCGGAACGAACGGCAGAAAUUCAGGAUGCGGUGGUGGAGACACUCUCAGACUGUUAGGAGGAUGACCUCAUUAUCCGUACAGGAAGAAGAUUCACAUCAGGCCGAGGGGACAAAUGAAACGGGGGAGUGGCGAUCAGGGACCAACCUGGCAAUCUCCAACCCAGCAUACGACAAACGUGGCGACAGUGAUUAGACCGCCGGCCAGUCAUACGCACACCGGCAUCGCCAGAGUCUCAGAGAAGAUAAUAAGAUAAAAGAUGAUGACUUACAUGUUAUUCAAAUAUAAACUUUUAGAUAUAUGACCACCACUCAUGAAGUGAACGCUUGAUGGCACUGUGCAGGUGCAUCCUUCGCAUGGCCAUAUUUGAUUGUUGCAUUUAUUACAUUGGCAUGAUUGUUCUUAUUCCAAGCUAUUUUUCCUCCUUAAAACACUGUAACAAAUAAGUUCUUAAGGGAAUUCAGUCGAGGCGCAUUUCCGGAUCUGUCAACGUUCACCGUCAGGCAUCGUGCCCCGCCUGCUUCUGACGCGUCCUCGCAGUGUUGUGAUGGAAGGAUGAAACGAUGACGAAAUGAGUACAGAGAGAGAGAGAGAGAGAGAGAGAGAGAGAGAGAGAGAGAGAGAGAGAGAGAGAGAGAGAGAGAGAGAUUAAGAGGUGAUAACUUUGAACCCGUAACUGAUGCUUCAUUCCUCAGUGCCAGGUGGUGGUGAUCAGGCCUUCUCUCGUAUUUAGACCAAUGAGGCAUGACAUAUGGCAGGUAAUGCACUGCCUUGUUAAAUGAUAGUUGUUGGGUGUAAUGCUGGAUGUCGUUGUUAAUUAUUUUAUUUUAUAUAUCCAUAGGAGAAAAUAUGAACACUCGCAGCCAAAAAUCAGUCAACUUACAAUCCUCUGACUUACUAAAAAUCUAUUACUUGUCAGGUUUGGAAGGUGCGUGUCAGCAGAUCAGAGGAAUUAACUGUUUCACUACUCAUGACAGUAGACCAUUUGUUAUCAUAUUUGAGUAACUCUAGAUGAAUUUACUGAGCAGGAAUGAAAGUGCAAGUGCUGAGAGGUUGCAGGUUUUCGAGCACGCCUUUUGAUGUCAGUUGUCCUUCGAAGGUCUAUACUGAAUUUGCGCCAAGGCAUUCUGUACUGAGCGUGAGAAGGAGCCAUCAUAGCCAGAGAGUUUCAGAUGAAGGGAAAGAAAAAAAAUCAUGACUAAGGGAAAAAAUAAUAGAUUCUUAGCAGAUCGGAGGACUAAAUAUUGAUGAGGAACAUGUAAACUGAUUAGAUGACUUAAGGUGAAAGGAAAAUAAAAGCCAGUUAGCCUGUUAGAAGAAUGAGAAUUGAGAAAAAACGCAAAACACGAGGGAAGCGAGUGAGGCAAAACGAACCACUAUUGAUGACUUGUUAGGUCCUUGUGCAAUUUAUACAAUGCAAAUGACCCCAUUCUUACGCAUUCCAGCGACUUAUCUCGUCUACUUUUAACACGCUGUAGUGGAAGUUAGUGAGGUUUUCAAAAGUCUUUUCAUGAUCUGAGUGAUAGUUUAACAAGAAUUCCACACCUGAAUGGAAUAUCAACAUUAACAAGAUCCUGACUAAUCAUCCAUAUGACUUUUGUAGAAUAGUCCUUAUGAGAUCCCAAACUGUUUCAAAAUGCAGGUCAUAGCUGUGUGUGAGUGAAUAGUGUUAAGAUGUAGUACUCUAUGUAUCAUUACUUAUCUGAGCUCCUUGCCCUCCUUCCUCGUCCGAGCUCUAUUUAUUAUGUAGUGAGUGUGUGUGUGACAAAUGAGCGGAAUGUAGCAGUGAGAGGAAACGAGAUGAAGCUGCAGCUUUUAAUUACUUCAACUUUUCGGUUGUUCACCCUCUGGAGAAAGCGAGAAUCGUGACGUGAGAAUAAUUACAUCACCCUCAUGAACAAACUGACGUGGCUAUCUUACGCGAAUUCUGAAUUUUUACUCUGAUGAACUCUUCACGUGGAGCAAAUAUCGGUACAGGUACAUACCGUCAUACCGUCUAGCGUGUGAAUUGUAAAAAAAAAAUCCGCCCUAACUUCUCUGCCUCGUAUAAGAAAUUGAGAAAAUGAGGCAGUUUCUCAUAUGUUACACCCAUCCGAAAAAAAAAAGGGGGGGGUGGCGAAAAUCUACACAUUCAGUUUGUUUCUGAAGGUGACGAUAAUGAACUAUUUCUCUCUAGUCCAAAUCCGCCAUAACUUUUCUGCCUUUCAUAAGAAGUUGAGAAAAUGAGACGGUUUUUCAUAUAGGUCCCUCCGCACUACCUCAAAAAAAAAAAAGUCGAAAAAUUAAUCAGGCUGUUUAUUUCCUUCUGCCACUAUAUUCCAGCUUGUUUAUGAUAGUAUGAUAUUUAUUUCUAGUGUUGACAAUGAAGAUCUGUGCUGUCACUAUUACCUCCUCGUAGUUUAGCUCAUAGCUUUCUUUAUACUCAUAUACUCAUACUGUUUGAUACUGAAACUCCUAAAUGUUGGUAAUUGUGUGUUUUUUGACAAAUAAAUAAGAAAAUGUACUAAU